AUGGCCGCCAUACAGAAUUUCAAGAACUUCCUGCGUCACGGAAAGCAGGCACGCCAGAAUCCUCCCCACGGUGAAGCAACCACGGGCGUUUCUGGCGUACACGCGGAGCAGCAACGGCACAACCAAGGCGACCACCCGCCUCCCCAGCACUAUGUCAUCAGCGAUCCGAACGUCCUAGAACACCAGCCGCUGCAGGGUACCCAGGGUGCUAGGCACGGUGACUUCUCAGCAGCCGCUGUUGACAACCGCAACAUCGCUGCGCAAGCACGAGAUGUUGCUGCACGGGCAGCUGGCGAUAAUCAGAAACGAGAAGCGCAGAAGCAAGCCGUCGUCGGCGACCGGAAAGUGGACCCACAAGUACUGGAGCGCAUCAUUGCCGAGGAGCGCGAGGCCAAGGGAAAGCUCCCGCGGUAUCCUGGCCUCGAAAGAUGGACACUGGUAGACAAGAUGGGUGACGGUGCCUUCAGCAACGUAUACAAGGCGAGAGACAACCAGGGUCAAUGGGGAGAGGUGGCCAUCAAGGUCGUCAGAAAGUUCGAGAUGAACUCCAGUCAGAGAGCGAAUAUUCUCAAGGAGGUGCAAAUCAUGCGGCAGCUUGACCACCCCAACAUCGUGAAGCUCAUCGACUUCUCGGAAUCUCGGCAAUACUACUACAUCGUGCUUGAGCUGUGUCCAGGGGGCGAACUGUUCCACCAGAUCGUUCGCUUGACCUACUUCAGCGAGAACCUUUCAAGGCAUGUUAUCAUCCAGGUAGCCAAAGCAUUAGAGUACCUCCAUGAAGAAGCAGGCGUCGUCCACAGAGAUAUCAAACCAGAGAAUCUCCUGUUCUACCCUAUUCCCUUCGUGCCCACCAAGAAUCCCAAGCCCAAGGGCCCCGAUGAUGAGGAGAAGGCCGACGAAGGCGAAUUCAUCAAAGGUAAAGGCGCUGGUGGUAUCGGUGUCAUCAAGCUUGCGGAUUUCGGUCUUUCCAAAGUGAUUUGGGACAGCCAAACAAUGACACCAUGCGGUACCGUCGGCUACACUGCUCCCGAAAUUGUGAAGGACGAACGGUACUCGAAGAGCGUCGACAUGUGGGCGCUUGGAUGCGUCCUUUACACACUGCUCUGUGGCUUCCCGCCUUUCUACGACGAGUCGAUUCAGACUCUGACGGAGAAGGUCGCGCGUGGCCAAUACACCUUCCUGUCUCCAUGGUGGGAUGACAUCUCGAAAUCUGCACAAGAUCUCGUUAGCCAUCUUCUAACGGUGGACCCUGAGAAGCGAUACGACAUCAAGCAGUUCCUGGACCACCCCUGGAUCCGAGAAGCGGAUGAGAUCACCUACCCGGCUCAUGAUGCACCGCCUCUCGCCACCCCUCUUCGGAAGCAGGAAGCCAAGGAGGAGGGUCUCCUUAGGCAGAAUUUUGCCUAUCUCGAGUCCCCUGGUGCCCGGCGAAUGGAUUUCCGCUCCCCCGGGGCGGUGAACUUGCGCGAGCUCUUCGAUGUCGGGUAUGCAGUGCACCGACAAGAAGAAGAGGGCAAGCGCAGGAAGAACUUCAAGCAGGGCUACCGCGGCGCAAAUGCGGUCAGCAGUCUUAAUCCUCUGGACGAGGACGAAGACGACGAGUAUCACGCGGAAUCGGCCCCCUAUGAUCCAGCACAACAACACCCCCCAGCCAAACUUCCGAAGUCCCAUGCAGCAGAUGUAUCGGCCAUGGAACAGAAAAUGCGCAACACGACACUUUCAUCAGCAGCACAAGCGAGACAGGGUCAGAAGUCGACCGCUCAGCAGGAACGUGGUUAUGGGCAACACUCGCCCGCUGUCGCCGCGGCCGCAAAGCGUCAGGUUAAAAAUAAGGGCGUAUUUGAGCUGAGCCUCGAGAACGCCACGUUGCUGGGACGACGAAAGAAACCGCAAACACCAAGCGGUCUUAGCCAACAGGUUCAAGUAGGGGGUACCUGA